AUGAAGAGGCUGUGGCUCGUCGCGGCCGCUUUUCUUGUGCAAUCAUUUGUAACAGCCGACGAGGCAGCCCCAGCAGGAAACAACAAUGUGAAUGUGGAAGCCGGCAAAAACGGCGAGCACAUCAUCGAUUUCGACGCGUGCAAAGAGGACAUUCACAAGUAUUGCAAUCAUGAUGGAGUCGACUUGAAGAGUGAUAUCUCGAUUAUUGAAUGCCUUCAAGAUGCGGGCCAAAAAGAGACGGGGACACUGACGAAGGCCUGUGAGACACUCGUUUGGGAUUUCAAGAAGCGGCUCACGCAAGAUGAGCGCUUUUUGGGCGCCGCGAAGCAAUACUGCGAGAAAGAGAUGAAAGAGCGCCCGGCAAUGGCACACUGUGCACAGGAGACCGAGCCCGGCUACGCCCUUUCGUGUAUGAUCGAAUUCGUCGCCAAUGUCACCCAAGAGAGCCAAUGUUAUCAGUUCCUUUUCCGAACCGAGCGUCUGGCGUUCUCCGAUUUCCGUCUCGUCGCCCCAUUCAUCAAGAAGUGCGAAAGCGAGUUGAAAUCUUUCAAUUGUCAGGUGAUGACCCCAGAUAAGGCUCACAAGGGAGUUGCCGUGCCACAUACGCAAGGAAUGGCUCUGGAGUGUCUCAUUCAACAAUUGGUCAAAGAGGGCAACAAACAGGGCGGACCAGUGCAAAUCGGGGACACUUGCAAACACGAGGUGAUGCGAUUGGCCGAGAUGCAAGCCGACGAUUUCCAUUUGGAUCGACCGCUUUUCUUUGCUUGUCGACAAGAUCGAGAGAAAUUCUGUCGAGACGUUCCAGCCGGUCAAGGGAAAGUCUUCGAGUGUUUGAUCGUCAACAGGAACAAGGCGGAAAUGCAGCCUGAGUGCUCAAAAAUCCUUGUCGAGCGCGCGCAAUUGAUGGGUCGUGACUACCGAAUGGCGCAUCCACUCUCGAAAGCCUGUGCAGCCGAUCUGAAAAAAUACAACUGCGAAGCGCAAAAUAACCUCGACGCCGCCGUGCACUUCCAUAUGACGUGGAUCUUGUUGUGUUUGGAGAAUGGAGCGAAGACGCAAGAGAAAAACCCACCCUCACAAGAAUGUCAACACGAGAUGCUCUCACAUCGACAAAUGAUGAUGACCGAGUUCCGAAUCGCGCCCGAAGUAGUCUUGAAUUGUGCAAAUGAGAUCGAUCAAUGGUGUUCACCGAAAGGCGAUAUUGAGGCACAGGGACGAACCCUUCACUGUUUGAUGGCGCACGCGAAGGAGCGAAAAGACAAGGAGAAAUUCGGCGCACAAUGCAUGCAAGCACUUGGGGAAGUUGUCAAGAUCGCUGACAUCGGUUCGAACUACAAGGUGGACAAGGUGUUGUUCGCGUCGUGCAAGGAUAUCAUCGAAGGUCCAUGCCAGCAAGACGCUGAAUCCGAGGCAGCCACCCUGCAAUGUUUGAUGAAAAACGUGGACUCGGACAAGAUGACUCCACAAUGUGAGCAGAGAUUGAUCGAGGUCCAAUACUUCAUGGCCCGGGACUGGACAUUGGAUCCCCGACUCUACCAGGCUUGUCAUCAAGACGCCGUUUCAAAAUGCUCAGCUUUGGAGAAUUGGCAUAUGCAGACGAACGAUGCAAACAAGGUCGAUCCGGGGCCACAGGUGUUGGCCUGCCUCUACCGAAGUGCCUACGAUGAGACGAAUCCGUUGACUCCCCAAUGUACACAAGAGGUUCGACGAGUGCUUAGAGAGAGAGCCAUCCGCGUUUCACUUAUUCCAGAAGUCGAGGAGAACUGCCGGGGAGCCCUUUCCGAGUACUGUUCCCACAACAUUCAGCCACAAGAGGAGAUGCAAUGCUUACAAGAUCAUUUCGAGGAGAAAGAUUUCAUCAAGCAUCACAAGCCUUGUUACGAUGAGGUGAAGAAAUUCACCGAAAUGGAGGCAAAGGACACAAAGCUCAACCGUUUGUUGACGAGAGCCUGCAAGCCGGUCAUCGAGGCGCACUGUGAGCAAUUCAAAAACGAGGAGAUUGAUCAUGGCGAUGUUUUGGAGUGUCUUGUUCAGCACAAAGAUUCCGAUCAUAUGAACUCGAAAUGCAGAUCCUACGUUCACCACUUCGAGUUGAUCUCGCUGCGAGACUAUCAUUUCAGUUUCAAAUUCCAACAAUCCUGCGGACCUGACAUUCAAAAGCAUUGCAGUCGGGAAGGAAAUGAAAAAGCCUCGAUCAUCCGUUGCCUUUCGGAGGUGCAAUUCUUGCAUCGAGUGCUCGGACAGAGCGACGACUUGGCGAAAGAUUGUAAAAAGCAGCUCCGCGUUGCCUAUUUGGAACAAGAACAGGUAGAAACACAAUUCGACGACAAGGAAAACAUGAAAGAAGCGGAUCCGAAUUUGUGGAGAAAGUGUGAGAGCGAUAUCAAGCGAUUGGGAUGCAAACGGCAGGAUGAGAACACAUUCGAGGAGGUCAUCGAAUGUCUCCGAGAGGGAUUCGACUCAUUGGUGCCCGAUUGCAAGGCGUUGGUGUUCGAUCGUGAGAAGUUCGAGGCAGCUGAUAACACUUUGGACGACGAGUUACAGCGUCUCUGCGCUCCGGACAUCCAAAGCCAUUGCCGAAACGUGCAACCGGAUCGAGUGUUGGAUUGUUUAACAAACACGAAAAUCCUGCGCAUGCUAAAAAAGCCGUGUCUGAAAGUGGUUCACGAGCGUAUGAAAGAGCAAGCGAAAGAUGUGCGCCUUCGACCGGCUUUCUUGACGGCUUGUCGAAAAGAGGCUGAGACUUUCUGCACUGAGGACAUGAAGAAGAUCAACGAUGAACGCUAUGCCAAGACAACGUUGGAAGGAGUUGUCGUCAAUUGCCUUCGCGAGCAAUUCCGCAAAGGAUUCGGCGGCUCAAAGGCUCACUUCUCGCAAGAGUGCACCAUUGAGAUGUCGAAUAUGAUCCUGGAAAGCGAAUUUGACGUGCAACUCGAUCCGCCAUUGUACAAAGCGUGUAAAAACGCGAUCGAUCGUCACUGUACGAGUCAAAUCCUCAGCAAGGGCGGUCACUACGACAACGUGAUCGAAUGCCUCAAAGCCGAUUUCUUUCAAGGAGCCAUUCAGGAUAAAUCGUGUAAUGAAGAGUUGGCCAAGCGAACCCAGGAAUCCCUUGUGGACAUUCAUUUGGACCCUGUUCUGCACGAAAGUUGCGCAAACGAUAUCCAGAGGCACUGCAGGGAUGUCCCACCGGGAGAGGGACGAGUGAUCAAAUGUCUGAUGGACUUGCGUGAGAUCUCGUCGAUCAAAAUGAACCCCGAGUGCGCGACGAAACUCCACGAGCGGCACCAAUUGUGGCAGAAAGCGCAUGCCGAAUACCAAAUGGCAUUGCCGGAAACAUUCGGCGAGUUGAUCGACGUGAUCCGAGAUCAUCCGAAUAAAACGUCUCUCCUCUCCUGGUUUGCCCUGUUCAUCGUGGUGAUUCUCCUGUUGGGAUGUUGCUGUGGACGAGCGACGAAACGUGUGGCUCGAGAGUUGAAAAAUCGA